CUCAAAAACACACAUAGUCGCACACACACAAAUGCACUCAUGACACACACAAAUAUACGCAGCCUAGAGAAUAUUUAUAAACAAACACUCUCUCUCAUUUAACCAUCAUGACCACGUCUUCUCUCUCUAUAAAUCCCACUCUCUCUCCUCCAUCUUUCUCUGCCUGUUCUUCAUCACCUUAUUCUUCUCCUUCUUUGUACUCAAAGUUUCCCGUUAAAGUUUCCAACUUUAGCUCCCAAAGAACAAAACCCAUUAACCUUUUUGCCAAACAAGCUUCCGGGUUGUGUUUUCUUGAAGGGCCAAAGAGUUUGAGCCAUAAAAAGAGAGAGAUUUUUGUUGUUAAAGCAGACGGUAACAUUGACAAUAACAAUAUGACUAUCACUGAGGUUAGAGAAGAAGAGGAGAUGGAUGCCCCUUUGCUUGAUGCUGAGGCCUUAUCAAGGCCUCGCCGUAUUGCUCUCUUUGUUGAGCCUUCUCCUUUUGCAUAUGUAUCAGGGUAUAAAAACCGGUUCCAGAAUUUUAUUAGAAAUUUACGUGAAAUGGGGGAUGAGGUGAUGGUUGUGACCACACAUGAAGGAGUGCCCCAGGAAUUUUAUGGAGCAAAAUUGAUUGGAUCGCGGAGCUUUCCAUGUCCCUGGUACCAGAAAGUGCCACUUUCCCUGGCACUCAGUCCUAGAAUAAUUUCAGAGGUUGCCCGAUUUAAGCCCGAUAUAAUUCAUGCUUCAUCACCAGGAAUAAUGGUAUUUGGAGCUCUCGCCAUUGCAAAACUAUUGUGUGUCCCCAUAGUUAUGUCUUACCACACUCAUGUGCCAGUAUAUAUCCCAAGAUAUACAUUCAGUUGGCUGGUGACACCCAUGUGGUUGGUUAUAAAGUUUCUACACAGAGCAGCUGAUCUUACACUGGUGCCCUCAGUUGCUAUUGGCAGGGAUCUUGAAGCAGCUAGAGUGACAGCUGCCAACAAGAUUCGUCUUUGGAAGAAGGGUGUUGAUUCUGAUAGCUUCAACCCCCGUUUCCGCUCUCAAGAAAUGCGAUUACGACUAAGCAAUGGUGAACCUGAGAAGCCAUUGAUAGUUCAUGUUGGACGUCUAGGAGUUGAGAAAAGUUUGGAUUUCACCAAGAGGGUAAUGGAUAAGCUUCCAGAGGCACGAAUUGCUUUUAUUGGAGAUGGGCCAUAUAGGGAGGAGCUGGAAAAACUGUUUGCUGGCAUGCCCGCAGUUUUUACAGGGAUGCUAGGAGGUGAAGAGCUUUCACAGGCAUAUGCCAGUGGGGAUGUUUUUCUUAUGCCUUCAGAAUCUGAGACACUUGGGCUAGUCGUUUUGGAAUCCAUGUCUUCUGGAAUUCCUGUUGUGGGGGUUCGUGCUGGUGGAAUUCCAGAUAUAAUACCUCCAGAACAGGAGGGCAAAACUGGUUAUCUAUAUAGUCCCGGCGACCUUGAUGAUUGCUUGAGCAAAUUGAAGCCUUUGUUGCAUGACCGAGAAUUGAGAGAGACCAUGGGGAAAGCCGCACGUGAAGAAAUGGAGAAGUAUGAUUGGAAGGCAGCCACAAGAACGAUUCGCAAUGAACAAUACAAUGCUGCCAUCUGGUUCUGGCGCAAGAAGAGAGCACAGCUACUGAGACCUCUUCAAUGGCUGGCAAAACGCCUUUUUCCAUCCCCAGAGGUUAUAUAGGUGACGCAAAAAAAUUCCUUCAGUUCAUUAGUGGUUUGUCAGCUUUGCUCUGGACUUCAAAGAACGAUGAACGUGUGAUUGCGAUACAUUCAUUUGCUGUAUAUAAUGAAUGGACCAUUCAGUAAUGGUCAGCUGUGCUGUAUUUUGUGGCAUGAUUAACUUAGAUGUCAGUUUUAAAUGUAAUAACAGGAGAACAUUUUUAAGUUUAAGUUAAGUAAUUUUUCCUGGUA